UCAUCGCUCCACAGCCCCAUGUUAGACCUGGACAGUGAUGUGCGUCCAUCACCAAUUGGCCAUCUCAGUCAAACUGCUUCACUGAAAAGGGGCAGCAGCUUUCAGUCUGGCCGUGAUGAUGCUUGGCGAUACAAAGCUCCUCAGCAAGUGGUAUUUGUUGAAAAGUUGACAAAACUUGUUGUAAGUCAGCUGCCCAACUUCUGGAAACUCUGGAUUUCUUAUGUGAAUGGAAGUUUAUUCAGUGAGACUGCUGAAAAAUCUGGCCAAAUGGAAAGAUCGAAGAAAAAUGCUAGGCAAAGACAAAAUGAUUUCAAGAAAAUGAUUCAGGAAGUGAUGCACUCUCUGGUGAAACUUAUCCGUGGAGCUUUGCUUCCAUUCAGCCUCAGAGAAGGAGAAUCAAGACAGUAUGGUGGCUGGGAGAUGAAAUCUGAACUUUCUGGCCAGUGGCUAACGCAUGUUAUCCAGACUGUAAGGCUUAGUUAUGAGUCUCUUACUGCACUUGAGAUACCCAACGAUAUGCUUCAGAUCAUCCAGGAUCUUAUUUUGGACCUUCGUGUACGUUGCAUUAUAGUGACCUUACAACACACAGCUGAAGAUAUAAAGAGGUUAGCUGAAAAGGAAGACUGGGUUGUUGACAAUGAAGGUUUGACAUCGUUGCCAUCCCAAUUUGAACAGUGCAUUAUCCAUUCCUUGCAAUCUCUUAAAACUGUGCUGGACUGCAAACCUGGAGAGGCCAGUGUUUUCCAGCAGCAGAAAACACAGGAGGAUGUGUGCCAGCUAAGCAUUGGGAUCAUGCAGGUCUUUAUAGACUGUUUGGAACAACUGAGCACUAAACCUGAUGGUGAUAUAGAUACUGCACAUCUUUCAGUUGAUGUUUCGUCUCCAGAUUUGUUUGGAAGCAUUCAUGAAGACUCAAGUCUUUCUUCAGAACAGAGGCUUUUAAUUGCACUCAGCAACUGCUGUUACCUGGAACGUCAUACCUUCCUAAACAUAGCUGAACAUUUUGAGAAACAUGGCUUUCAAGGUGUUGAAAAAAUAACUCAAGUUAGUAUGGAAUCCUUGAAAGAGCUGGAUCAAAGACUCUUUGAAAUGUACAUUGAAUUCAAGGCAGAUCCGAUAGUUGGGUCAUUAGAAACUGGCAUUUAUGCAGGAUAUUUUGAUUGGAAAGAUUGUCUGGUUCCAGCAGGUGUCAGAAACUAUUUGAAAGAAGCUUUAGUGAAUAUCAUUGCUGUGCAUGCAGAGGUGUUUACCAUUUCCAAAGACUUAGUUCCUCGGGUAAUGUCAAGGGUUGUAGAAGCGGUCUCUGAAGAACUGAGUCGACUGAUGCAGUGCGUUUCAUCCUUCAGCAAAAACGGAGCUUUACAGGCAAGACUUGAAAUCUGUGCGUUGAGGGAUACCGUGGCCAUAUACCUAACACCUGAAAGCAACUCGAGCUUUAAGCAAGCUUUGGAAGCCCUGCCUCAGCUGUCAAGUGGAACUGACAAAAAGUUACUAGAAGAGUUACUGAACAAAUUUAAAAGCAGCAUGCACUUGCAGCUGACCUGUUUUCAAGCUUCGUCGUCAGCAAUGAUGAAAACAUAGACAAUGACACAGUGCAGACAACUCAAAAGACACAUGUGCUGAAGCGUUGCCCAUUUUUUUCUGUACUUCUUCAAUUCCUUUGAAGACUGAAGAAAACAAAAGGGAUUUUACUGAAAAAGAAGUUGAGAUAUAACUCUGAGUGGUGGUAUGGGGGCAUUCUGCUGAGUGAGGACUCUGAUCAUCAGUGUCUUGAUAAAAUGGGGGUUUUUUUGUCUAUCGCAUCAUUCUGUGGAGGGGAUUAAGCCACUUUUGUGUAGAUACAAUCUUCUUGGCUCUGCGUUCAUGAAGAAAUAUUCAUUGGUGUGCUGCCAUCUCCAUUUC